CCAAAGCAAGGAAUAACUUUCUGCGGAUACGAAGAGGCCAAAUUUUUUACAAGGACUUGGUCUGAUGUUCUCGACCCCAUUGCACAUACAGUAAUCUGGAGUUUAUCCAUGGAUUCGGCGGAUAUUGAUGGGGCAUCUGUAGGAUGGCAGUGCGCAUCCACAAUAUGCUGUAGUACAGAUUCAUCAGGGAGGGAGGCCUAAAAAGUGGUAAGCAGAAUUGGUUUUUUGAAUAUUAAACUGCUAACCCCAGACAUGAUAUCAAGCGAUAAGACUCGAGUUACAGAAGAUGACGCACAUAUUGAUGCAUAUUUGAUCUGGAGGGCGUUGGCGGCUCCGGUCCGAAUCAAUGUCGAAAAAGUUCCUUGAUGCUUGCAGCGACGAGCUGUUUCAAGAGAAACUCACUAUUCAUUCAAUUUUCUGUUUUUCGUUCCAUGCAUUCCAUCCCCCCGAUUGACACCACACCGCCAAGAUACCACGGCUCUCUACAUCCACUUGACAAGGAUGCAUUCCGAAAACGCAUUUCAGUUCUUGCCCUUCGUGUACCUCCAAAUAAGACGAACAGCAUCAUAAAAUCGACAGCGCUGAGGAGGUUCCUCGUCGGAGCGCCGAAACUUAGUCCCGUGGUCAAGGACCCAUCCAAUCCCGACGGUGAUCGAUUAGUGUUACUCAGAAUCACAGAAAAAGCUCAGCUUUCCCCUGAGGCACAAGAAAUUGUCGACCGUGAUUGCAUUGGAUUUGCCGAUUACACGGUGGACCUUGAUUACGACUAUUGGACCGCAAGCGAAAUUCUUGCCGCGGUCCUCCCCGAGGAGCUAGUAGAAGGGUCACCUGUUGGUUUUGCGGCAACAGGUCAUGUCGCGCACUUCAAUUUAAAUGAUGAGUACUUGCCAUACAAGUACGCAAUUGGUCAAGUGUUCCUUGAUAAAAACAAGCAAAUCGAGACCGUCGUCAAUAAGCUUCAUGAAAUUGACACCCAAUUUCGAUUCUUUCGGAUGGAACUCCUAGCAGGGAAACCCGAUUAUGUUGUCACACAUCACGAGUCGAAUUGUCGCUUUACGUUUGAUUUCUCUCAAGUAUAUUGGAAUUCCCGAUUGCAUCCGGAGCACGACCGAAUUGUAAAACUGUUGGACCCUUCAGACAUAUUGGCAGACGUCUUCGCGGGUGUCGGUCCCUUUGCUAUACCAGCUGCUAAACUUGGAUGUGGUAUCUUUGCCAACGAUCUCAAUCCGAACAGUGCAAAAUAUUUGACUCAGAACGUCGUUAAUAAUAACGUGGAAGACCUUGUACGAGUGUCCUGCGAGGAUGGUCGAACCUUUAUUCGAGAUGUUUUCAUGCGACCCAUAGAAAAUCCAUUUCAGCCGUAUACCGGUCCCCGGAAGAGCAAGACACUGGAACGCAAGCUGCAGAAGCAAGCCGCCAAGAACUCGUCGACCCCCCAAAAUCAAAGCGAUCGUCUUGUGUUGCCACUACGUCGAACAAUCACUCAUUUGGUGAUGAAUUUGCCAGAUUCAGCCAUAAGCUUUUUGGAUGCCUUCCGGGGGGUGCUCUCCACGCCAGUCCUUACCGAGCAUUACACGAGAAUGCCCAUGGUGCAUUGCCAUUGUUUUACUCGGGAGCUCGAGGAAGACAAUGCCCGAGUCGACAUUCUCAAGCGAGUUGAGCAGGUCCUUGGCCAUUCUGUAUCAGAAGAUGUUUGCAUCGUGCACAUACGAUCCGUAGCACCAGGUAAGGAGAUGUACUGCAUCAGCUUCAGGCUGCCUCGGGAAGUGGCCCUGGGCGAGGUAGCGGAGUCCUAAGAAGCGUGUCGCUACUCGUGUAGAUAAGAAUUUCGAAUACGUUGAAUGCUUUGGAUAACGGGAGAUGGACGGAGGUAUCCGGAAGAUACCGGUAUGCUUUCGCUGAUUCACGGAGAGGUUUUCUGAACUCUGGCCAUGGUGAAAAGGUCCAAAAUUGAGCGGAAAUACAAGAAAAGGGUCUCAUAUUUUGUUGUAUGCAAAAAAAUACCGACGAAAGGGAAUUGCU